UGAGAUGGAUUGGCAAUGAACUUGAUGCAUUGCUAAAACCAAAAUAAUGAGAAGCAUGAAUUGAGCCCCUUGCUAAAAUCCAGGAUAUCAUUGAGCCCUCCAUUUCUCAUUGCAGAAAUAACAUUGUAUGAUCUAAUCUUCUCAUUAUUUAGGUUUUAGCAGUGGACCAAGUUCGUGCUUGUCCAAAUCAUGAUGGAUUGGCAAUUGACCAGCCAUGGGCUAAACAACUGCAGCUCCCCGUGACCACCGCCUCUUUUGUUUGUAUCAAGUUAACAUCAUAUGCCUACGGUAGCAGCGACCUUGUUGUUAGCAUCAGCUGUUGCAGCAGCAGCAGCAAUAUCGAAGCCAGGAUGCCCGAGCAAGUGCGGCGAAGUCGACAUCCCCUACCCGUUCGGCAUCGGGAGGGGCUGCUCCAUGGAAGGCUUCGACAUCACUUGCAAUGACACCACCGAUCCUCCAAAACCUUUCAUAGCUGUAGGAAACAUCGAAAUCCUCAACGUCUCCUUGGUUGAUCACGAGUUAAGCGUGCACAUCUACAUGGUUGGUCAGUGCUACGAGCAAUCUGGUAAUUACUCAACGACAAGCCUGGCCCUGCCAUUCUUGUUCUCAGCCGCCAGCAACAAGUUCACCGUCGUCGGUUGCUCCACUCUCGCCUACGUCGUAGGCCAAAACGUGAAAGGCAACACUUACGCGAGCGGCUGCGUGUCCUACUGCGACGACGCCGGUGGCGUUUCGGAGGGGCCGGGUUGCGAUGGCAUGGGUUGCUGCCAAACUUCCAUACCCAAGUCGCUCAGCAAUUUUACCGCCUACUUCAGUGAUUCCUUAAACAACAGUGAGGUGGCGAGCUUCAGUCCCUGUAGCUAUGCCUUCGUAGCCGAUCAAGAUUGGUUCCGCUUCAAUAAAUCCACCCUCUUCCCUGAUUUCGGCGACGAGACCAAUUACCAGGUUCCUGUGCUGCUGGACUGGGCGAUGCGCAACCACUCGUCGUGCCGGGAUGCUGAAGCUGACUACCCUAACUACGCCUGCCGCAGCGCUCACAGCGACUGCUUCAAUUCCACCAAUGGCCCCGGGUACUUAUGCAAGUGUUCCCAAGGAUACACAGGCAAUCCCUAUCUCGAGGGUGGAUGCCAAGAUAUCGACGAGUGCGAACUUUCUCAGCUGUAUCCAUGCUUCGGAGUUUGCAGCAAUAUACAGGGAGGCUACCUCUGCACAUGCCCUCCUGGCACGCAUGGUAAUGCCACCAAAGACACUUGUAUCGGCAACUCAUCCAAAUUUCCAUUGCCGGCGCGGCUGGUUAUAGGUUUCAGCGUGAUCAUUGUGGUAUUAGUUGCCCUGGUUUCUAGUGCAAUCAUAUGUACCCAAAAGUUGAAACUCAAACGAGAAAGAGACACUUUCUUCAAGAAAAAUGGGGGAUUCAAGUUGUACGAAGAAAUCCUAUCCAAAAAGGUGGACACCGUUCAAGUAUUCACCGAGGAGGAGCUACAACGAGCCACAGACAACUUCGACGACAAAGGAGUCAUCGGCUGCGGCGGGUACGGCAUGGUGUACCGGGGAAUCUUGGACAACCAACGAACGGUGGCGAUAAAGAAGUCGAAGAAGGUCGACGAGCGACAGAAGGACGAGUUCGUCAACGAGAUCAUCGUUCUUUCUCAGAUCAACCACCGGCAUAUAGUAAGGCUACUGGGCUGUUGCUUGGAGCUGGAUGUUCCCAUGCUGGUCUACGAGUACAUCUCCAACGGCAGCCUGUUCGACGUGCUCCACCCUGAGCACUACGCCUCGCCCCUCCCCUUGCAAGCUCGCCUAACGAUCGCUGAGCAGGCCGCGGAAGCGCUCGCCUACUUGCACUCGGCGACCAACCGGUCCAUCAUUCACGGGGACGUCAAGUCCCACAACAUACUGCUGGACGACGACCUCUCCGCCAAAGUGUCCGACUUCGGAGCGUCUCAGCUCGUCCCCAUGGACGAAGACGAGUUCAUCUUGUUCGUGCAGGGAACGUUAGGUUACUUGGACCCCGAGUGCAUGCAGACCCGCCGGCUGACGGAUAGAAGCGACGUGUACAGCUUCGGGGUCGUCCUCCUGGAGCUGAUCACAGGCAAGAAGGCGAUCUACGCCGACGAUGCUUGGGAAAAGAGGAGCCUGGCGACAAGUUUCCUCGUGAUGAUGAAGGAGCAGAGGCUGAGAGACAUACUGGAUAACAAAAUGAUCGGGGAAGGGGGAGAGCGGUUGCUGGGGGAGGUUGCGGCCAUUGCCAAGGAGUGCCUGAGCGUGAAGGGAGAAGAGCGGCCCUCCAUGAAGGAAGUAGCAGAGCGACUGCAUUCUUUGAGAAGGUUAAGGCUGCAACCGAGGGAGGAAUAUGAUCAGCGAGCGAUCGAAAUGGUAAAAGCUGAAGAGACAAGAAGAUGCACGGAGACGGAUACCAGCGGUUAUCAUAUCCUGGAUAGCAGCACGCUGCUGAACAACGUCGACGCCGGGAGAUGACGAAGUUGCUUCCUCCAUCUCCUCCUCCGAGCCAUAGAUAUAGUUCCAUUACAAGACGUCGUGUGGUACCAAUAGAUCUUUACAGAGUGAACUCGAUGAUUUUUAUGUGAUAAUUAUAAUC